AUGGAUGACCACAUCACCACAUCAUCCAAAAAGACCGCGAAGGCUACAAACACCGUAGUAGUCGACGAUCAUGACAUUGACGAGGGCAGCGGCAUAGACCUCCAUCCUUCUUUCUUCCAACGUUGCCUUCAAAAACUCCAACUCGACUCCAUCCCAGGACAAGAAACGAAAUGGACCAACGCCGACCUCGAACCAACUCCCCCUGAAAACCAAACCUGGACCAGUCUCAACUUCAUCACCUACUGGCUCUGCGACGCUCUUUCUCCAGGAAACCUCCGCCUGGGCUCUUCCAUAGUAACGCUCGGACUUUCCUGGCGAACCGCCAUCGGCGUGAUAACGCUCGGGCAUGGAAUCAUCGCGCUGGCUAUCACAGCAAACGGAAUCAUCGGAGCGAGGCUACAUAUCCCGUACACGAUCCAGAGUCGGGCCUCGUUUGGAUUCUAUGCGAGUUUUAUGGUCGUGGCGAUCAGGAUGGUUGUAGGGGUCUUUUGGUAUGGAAUUAAUACUUACAAUGGGGCUCUCUGUAUCCGGGCGGUGUUGUUGGCUAUUUGGCCGCAGUUCGCAAAUGUGAAGAAUCGUUUACCGGACGGAGCGAAUAUCACGACGCAGACUAUGGUUGGUAAGUGAUCCUUUGAGGCAGGAUCUGUGCUCUUUACUGAUGUGAUUCACAGCAUAUAUUGUUUACUUCCUCAUCGUCCUGCCAUUCCAUUAUGUCCAUCCGCGUAGGCUGACGUGGUUCUUCAAUUUGAAGGCCUUUCUGGUCUUGCCUGCGAUCUUUGGUCUGCUCGGGUGGGCUUGUCACAAGGGCGCCGGUGGCGGCUUGCAUACGACUUUAAUGGACAGGGGCAAUGCCAUCUCUGGAUCAAAGUAUGCUUGGGCUUUCAUGAGCGCUCUCAACGUAAGUCCUGACCCGAGACCGUACGUGCAAUUCUCUGACCCCAUCUGCUGCAGUCCAUGCUUGGCAACUAUGGCACCAUGGCCGUGAACAUCAAUGAUUUCGCCCGCUACGCCUCCAAGCCACGCUCUGUGUUCGUGCAGAUCGUCAUCAUACCUAUCUCCUUCGCCAUGAUGGCUUUCUGGGGCGUCAUCAUUGCUGGCACAGCUACUGAUCUCUACGGUGAAGAGAUUUGGGAUCCGUUGACCAUUCUUUCGUAUUGGAAGGGUAGUUCCGGAGCGAGAGCUGCAGCAGCGUUCUGUGGACUCGCUUUUGCCCUUGCACAACUGGGCACGAACUUGAGUGCGAAUUGCAUUUCUGCUAGUAACGAUUUGAAUGCGCUGUUUCCAAGGGUAUGUUGCUCAUUCUGAUCAAUCCAUAGGCUGGCUAAUGUCGUUUUGCAGUAUAUCAACCUUCGCCGUGGCUCCUAUGUUGUAGCUUUCAUCGGCGCCUGGGCUCUGACACCAUGGAACAUUCUCGCUUCUGCCUCAGCGCUGCUGAACUUCAUGGAUGGGUAUACGAUCUGGCUAGCACCCAUUACAGGCAUUCUACUUUCAGACUACUGGAUCGUACAGCGGCAGACGUAUCAUGUAUCGGAUCUAUACCAACCGCACGCACGAUAUCGAUACAAUAGGUUCGGAACCAACUGGAGGGCUAUGGUUGCUUGGAUGGCUGGGUGGGUGCCGUUGACGCCGGGGUUCGCGAACGCUGUGAGUGUUCUAUUGCUUCAUAGAAGAACGGCCACUAAUCGUCGGGUGUUCAGGUGUCGUCGCAGGGCGUGGCGCAAGGGGCUUUGCACCUGUAUUACCUCAGUUACCUGUAUGGAAUUGUAACGAGCACAGUGGUGUACGUUGGACUCUGCAGGAUGUGGCCGAUACAGCAGACGAUUGAGGACGAUCGGGAGCCGGCAGGUGGACUCAAGGUAUAA